AUGUCCCUCAAUCUUUUUGCCCACGCCAAAUCAAAAUUCAAAUCCUUCCUAAAUUUGUGCACAACUUCUACCAUCAAGGAUGAGAGCAAGUUUUUGGUUUCGCAGCGUGUAGUACCACGGGAAGUGGGCGAGGGAUCUUUACAUUUCUCGAUAAUUUCGAUCAAGGAUGAACUUCCUCAAGUCGAAAAACAUCUCGAAUAUCCAAUGGCCCAGGAUAAUCACCUUCCCUCAUCUAUUUGCAAUGGUUUGGUGCUGCUUUUGGUACCAGCAUCAUAUUAUCCAGUUACCUUCAAAAUGAAACAGCCUAUCAUCAAAAUGAGAAAGCCUUCAGGGGAGGCUUUGUGGAACCCGACCACAAGGGAAUUCAAAAUCCUUCCUCCACCACCCUCAUCCUUUGACAAAAGGUGUAAGAAGAUGUUCUACGGUUAUUUUGGUUUCGGGUUUGAUUCGGCUUCUGAGGAUUACAAGGUGAUAAGAUUGUUGAAGCUCGGUGAUGGCGAAACUGAAGAUUACCCACUCACUCCAGCUGUGAUGGCCGAAGUUUAUUCGCUCAGAAGUAAUUCAUGGAAACAAGUCAGUGUCGUUCAUCCUUUAAAUAUUCCACGACACUCUGGUGUUCACGUAAAUGGCACUUAUUACUGGUUAAAUCUCUCGGAUCCUUGGUUUAUAGUGUCUUUUGACUUUGCCACUGAGAAGUUUGCUUCCUCUCUUAUCCCUGCGCCCCCGAGUGACAAGCUCAUUGAAAGAUGUGCAUAUUAUGAUAAUAUCGAGCUCGUGGAAUAUUGUGGGUCGCUCGGUGCUAUUGUUAUCUCUGGUGAAGACAUAUUGUCAAGAUCACUAGAAGAAACGCGUAGUUUGGAAAUUUGGGUUUGGGAUGGCUCGUGGUCCCUGGUGUCCACGCUCACCGUCCCUCGUUUUGUGGGUUUAUGGACCCUCGUUGGGAGUGAUAAAUUUAUUUUUUCGGACUCGAUUGGUAGACCGAUGUUUUAUGAUUUUGCGACGAGCAAGUUGAAGAAGAUACACGGUUUGCCUAUUUCUUCUAGGAUGGCGCACAUUUUCCCUUUUGUCGAGAGCAAUGUUUCGCUAGACGGUUGA